AUGUUCGUCGUCGGAGUCGUAGGGGACACGCUGGAGGGGGCAUCGGCGGCGGUGGGCCGCCUGGCGGGGUGCUCGCUGCCCCACGCCCUUGUGCUGCCGCGUCAAGCGGCUCUGCAGCCGCAGGGCUGGCUUGCCGAGCGCUGUGUCUGCUAUCACGACGCUGCCAGCGACACGCUGUGGAUGGGCUUGGCGGCGGCGGCAGUGCCGCAGGCGGCUGCCGGGGCUGUGCUGUCCAGAGACGAGGCGCGGGAGCACGAGGCGGAUGCCACGCGGGCGCUGCUCCUCCUGUUCCUCACCUCGCACGCCGUGCUGUGGGUGCAGCCGGCGCGGGCGCUGGCCUCCACACAGCUGCUCAGCCAGCUGCGCCUGCUGCAGCAGCUCAAGUCAGCGCUGCUGCCGGCGCUGCCGGCGCUGCUGGGCGUGGCGGCCGCAGAGGCCACCGCCGCCGUGCCGGGGCUAUGCGUCCCGCAGCUGCUGGUGCUGGCGCAGCCCCCCCCUGCCUCUGCGCCCCCGCGGCAGCACCAGGGCCAGCCAAUCAGCACGCCAGCGGCGCCGGCGCUGUCGGCAGAGGAGGCCGCACACCACCCGCUGGCCCAGCUCCUCAAGCGCUGCCGCGUGCUGUACCCAGACGACGGCAGCGCACGGGCGCUCUGCACGCUGCCCGCCGCCGCCCCCAUGCUGCUGCCGCUGCCUGAGCACCUGGGCAGCAGCAGCCAGGAGCAGCUCGUGGCAGAGGCGCUGGCAGAGCUGCUGGCGCCACCAACCCAGCAGCGGCAGCAGCAGCAGGCGGGCAAGCCCGCCGCGACAGCGGCGGCAGCCGUGGCGGCCGCGCUGGCGCCCCAGCAGGCGGCCGUGGCGGCCGUGGCUGGCGGCGGCACCCAAGAGGAGGCGCUGGUGAGCUGGCGCCAGGCGGUCGCCACGCUGGCCGCUGUGCUCGAGGCAGCCGCAGCGCCGGCCCCGGCUGGAACCGCCUCCCGGCCGGCAGCAGCCGAUGUGGCGGUGCCAGCGGAAGCGGCGGCAGCGGCGGCCUGGCAGUCUGCCUGCAGCCGCGUCGUCUGGGACUUCUCACACGCCAGCUGCAAGCGGGCGGCGGCGGUGGCCUCAGACGCCUACCGGCGCAACACCCCAGCGCUGCUGCCCGCCGCUGGGCACACCGUGGCGCUGCAGGCGGCGCUGUGCCUGUACCGCAGCCUGGCCCGCGGCCCCGCCGCCGACGCCGGCGCCGAGGCGCUGCAGCAGCAGCUGAGCGCCUACUGGCGGGAUGGGCACAUGCAGUGCGACGCUGUCAGCUUCCUGGGCAACCCCUGCUGCCUGCCAGCCCACGACUCGCAGCAGCAAGCACACGCCAGCAGCAGCGGCGGCGCUGGCGCCGCCGCGCCGCAGCUGCUUCUUGCCAGCGGCAGCGGCGGCCAGCAGCACACCAUCCCCGAGCCCUUCACCGUGGCAGAGCUGCAGCGAGCGGCGGCGGCGGUCGCGUCAGACUGCAGCGCCGCAGCGGCGCGAGCCCAGUUUUACGUGCGGAGGCUGGCGGGCCCUGGGGCUUUGGCUGCUGACGUGGCAGGCCAGGCAGCGCUGGGCAGGCCUGGUGCAGCAGGCGGGGAGCAUGCAGGUGCGGCCGCAGACAUGGCGGCAGCGGCGGCGGGGCCAGCGGCAGCGGCAGCGGCAUUAGAGGCGGAGGCGGAGGCUGAGGCCAUUGGCAGAGGGCGGCUCAGCGGCGACGGGCACAGCAGCGGCGAGGAGGAGGCCGGGCGCACGCCUGGCGCCGACGGCAAGGGCAGCGGCGGGGCCGGGGGUGCCGCCCGGGCGUCUGCGCCGGCUGCGGGGGCGCCCGCUGCGGGCUGCUGGCUGGAGCUGCACGUUCUGGGGCCUCGCUCGAUGUACAAGUCACCGGCGCUGGCUGCUGCGCUGCUCAUGGAUGGGCAGCCCGGCUGGCUGCGCGCCGGCGGCGUCAUGCUGGCCUCGCUGCCCGUGCAGGUGGCUGUGCCGUUGAAGCCUGGGCAGCAGGCAGCACGCUCGGCAGCCCAGGCAGCGGCGGCGGCAGAGGACGAGGAGUUCCCCUCGCUGCAGCAGGUCAAGCAGCAGCAGCAGCAGCAGCAGCAGCAGCAGCAGCACCGCCGGCCGGGCGGCAAGAAACUGCGGCCCAAAGAGGCAGCGGCGGGCGGCGGUGGCGCCGCGGCUGCUGAGGGCAAGGCGGCGUCCGAGGUGCAGCUGCCUGCAGUGCUGAGCUGGCCGGGGUUGAAGCCGCCGGCGGCCUCCGCCAGGGCACCUCUGUUUGUUGCUGCCAACAAGGAUGGCAAGCCGCAGCCGGCGCGGCCCAGCAAGCAGCGCAGCGGCAAGCUGCAGGCAGCAGUGGCAGCGGGGGCGGCGUCGCCGGCAGCGACUGCCGCGGCGGCGGCCGGGCCGGCGGCGGCCGCUGCGGCUGCCGUGGCAGCAGGCGCGGCGGCGGCCGGGCCGGCGGCGGCCGCUGCGGCUGCCGUGGCAGCAGGCGCGGCGGGCACGGAGCAGGUUACGGUGCUGCUUGGUGUGGAGUAUGAGUCAGUUCAGGGGCAGCGCCUGCUGCUGACGCCCGCCCUGCUGGCGGCAGCCCUUCAGAGCUCGCUGGAUGAAGUCUCGGUGCGGCAGCAGUCCCCGCCAGCGGCGGCCGCCUCCCAGCCCAGAACCGCCGCCGCUGCCGCGGCAGGAGCGUCGACGGCGCCCACGGCGGCGGCCGCCUUUCUGCUGCAGCAGGAUCUGCCCCUCUGGCUGCAGUUGCCCGCCGACCAGCUGACACGGCUGGCGGGCAGCGCCAAGCGGCGCAGCGCUCCUGGGGGCCCCACCGCCGCUUCCGGCGGCGAGCGGCCCGUGUGGCUGCAGCUGCGGCGGCUGCUCAUUGGCACGCCUGAUGUGGCUGUACCGCUGGAAGCCGAUCCGAAGCUGCAGCUGGAGGUACCGGCGAGCAUGCUGGCUCCUGUCGCCACACCCACCUCAGCAGCAGCAGGCGCAGGCAAGGCCGGCGGCAGCGUCGUCACUGUGCAGCUCCAGUACAGCCUUGCCGCGCCCCUCCCCAUCCCGCCUGCCAGCUUCUGCGUGCUGGCGCUCCCCUGGCUGCUCACUGCACCCACCACCCCUCCUACUGGCGCGGCGGCGGCAGGGCCUGGCAGCAGCGGCGGGCCGGCGGCCCUGAUCCGGCAGUCGGGGCCGCUGCGGGCGGUGCUGCUGGGGCGCAGCGCGGUGCGCCCCAAGGGGCUGCAGCUGCAGCCCCCCAGCUGA